ACUCGUUACACCUUAGCAACGCAACUAAACUGUUUAAUUUUAAUUUUCUCAGACACCAGAGACUACUGUGAUCUAUACAUAUACGUUUUCAUAUCUUUUUCGUUAAUAAUGAAUGAAGCAGUUAUGGUUUUAUUUACUGCUAAGAACUUGUUUGCGGGAAAAAUCCAGUAUGGUUAAAGACAUCCAAUAUGGCCGGCCUUGCUCCGUUUGGACGAGACGAUCAGCCUUUCUUUGAUGUGAAAAUUGUGGGUGGAAAACGAGUUGAAGUCGAAGUUGAUAAAUAUGGAAACCCCUUGAAGCAGGAAAGGAGCACUCAUCUACCAGGAACUCAACAGAGGGUGAGUCCUUCAGCUUUGUCAAGUGCAAGUCCCACUGUAUCGUCAAGGGCAUCUGUUCCUCCGUGGGUAAACAGAGGCGACACACCUCCAAGAAAACUUUUAAAAUCACUGGAAAGUCCUGAAGACGGGAGUCAUAACUCCGCACAAGGUCUUCACAGAUUUUCUUCGCCAAGUUCUCAUGCUGUUUUACCGCCGAUAAAAAAGUCUUUAAAUUCGGGUGUAGAUGACGAAAGCAAGACCAAGUCUUUGGCUUCAAGAUUGAAUUCAGUCUUGUUAGGGUUUGACACUUUGAGACUUAAAGAUGCCUAUCUUAGCUUCGCGGGCUUUGACUCGACUUUGUCAGGUUUUGUGUCUGCAGAGCAGAUUGAGAGAGAAUUCUUUAGACUACAAAUACCAGUGAGAGGAGAGCUUUUAAAUGAAUUAUUAGCGUUAUUCAUGUCAGCUCAUAGACCAAAUUGGGUCAAUUAUGAACAGCUUUUGAAGUUUUUAAAUAAUGCUGUUCAGCCAGCAGCUACAAAAGAGUUUCGUGUCCCCAAGCUGGAUUUAACAUCAAAUCCUGGUGACAGACUACAAGAGAAAAUAUCAGCUAAAUCUCCCAGGGAAAAAAACUUGCCAUUAAAACCAAAUCAAGUAUCUCCUAGAGCUGAUGAAUCACAGAAAGGUCGUCAGAGUGCAAUAUCUGUAAGAAAAGCUUUCCAAGAUAAGCAAGACACUGCAAUCUUGCUACAAAUUGAAGAAAUGCUCAAGGAAGUUGGUAAUGCACAAGAACAAAUUCAUACUUUAAGGAGAGCUUUGGAAGAACAGGAUGUGGCAAGAGCAGAGGUCAUAUCUACUCAGAAGUUGAAGACAAUUUGUUUGCGUCAUCACAUCCCUUUUCACAACUCCUUGUUGGAUAAAAUAAUUGACAGGCUUGACAGAUACAACUCAGGAAGAGUAAGCUGGUUGGAAUUUAUCUCCUUCAUUGAGCGGGCACUGCCUCUUCCUUCACCAAGUGUUGCCUCAAGUCCAAGCCCAAGUAGGAAUAGUCGUCAUGGUUUAGAGACUCCCCCUACCAGGCCAGUGUGGGAAACAAGACAGCCUCUUAAAGGACUCAAUAAAGGUGGGCAAGAUGGGCUGCAAGUUGAUAUGCUUCAGGGGCAACUGCAAAGUUUAGAUCAAGAGGGAAGUGUGGUUGGUGAUAGACAACAACAGGAUUCAUAUCAAUGUCACAAAACAGCUCCAAUGCAUCAGGUGUCAGAUGAGAGGGGUGGGGAUGAUUUUAACAUGUCACUGUAUGCUGAAGAUGAAAGAAGACAACUUGAAGACAGGCGAGAGGACUUGUUAAGGAAGCAGCGUGAAUUGAUUGAACAAAAACGGCAAAUUCAGAGAGAACAGGAAGAGAUUAAUCAGUUUAUUCAACAUCAGAAGGAGAAGCUGUAUGCAGAAGACCAUGAUUAUGAACCUCCACAUUAUGUGCAGAAGGAAAGUAAGGUUGAGAGAUUUAUGAAGCUAGCAAAUGCUCUUUAUGUUUGUGACCAGGAUCAGUCAGGUCUCAUAGAGGCAGACAUAGCUCGUCGAUUACUGAAUAACUACAACCUUGUUAAUCAACUGGACUUCUCUGCCCAGCUGAUUGAAAACACGAUCAAAAGUUGUUCAACCACAGAUGACAAAGUUAGUGUGGAUGAUUUGAUAGAUGAACUUAAGAGCCAUCUUUAAAAGAGGUGCUUGUUAAAAAAUGGUGUUCAUUUGUGUGGUGUGUAAUGGGAUGAACAUGGUGCUUUCAUUUCAUAUUCAGAACAAUGCCUUUCUUCGUGUAUAACAUUGUUCUCGAGGUGAAAGAUUUCCUUGUCUCAGGAAAACUAGCAUUGAUAGGUUUAAACAGAGUGCCUGUUCAAAAACUUGUAAAUAUAGAGAGAAGACUGCUUUCCAAACAACAAGUCAUGUUAUCAGGAGACCUCUUAUCCUUAGCCUCUGAGGGGUUUGAGGGCCCGAUAAGCCUAAGAAUAAGCUAAGAAUGAGUUGUACUUAUAAUACUCGUAAGACUUUUAUUUGUAUUCAUAUUCCCUUGAUCUUGUUAAUUUAAGUUUGGAGACAGGAUUUUUAGUUGUAAAUUUAUUUAUUGUAAAUAAUGUUGUAUGUCCAUGUAUAUAGGUAUAUGAACAAAGGUACCAUUAUCCAUAUUGUGCUUGAAACAAGCCUAAAGAAUGCAGAGUCUGUAAAAAGCACCAUGAACUAAACAUUUAGAUCUGUCUAAAUGGGUAAUUGAAGUAAAACAAAAUCUGAAUGUUCUUCAAGCUAGUCAGAAUUAAAUUUGUUCAUGGGAUUACUUCCUU